GUUCUUGGUUGUUGAAGAACAAAUGGUCAUUUGGUUCCUGUGAUUUUCUCAUCAUAUCACAAAAUAUUGUGCCUUAACAAAGUUGUCAGGUCAAAUUUCUUCGGGUUUGUCUUGUUUCUGCAAUUCUGUGACAAUGGACAUUGAACCCCCUUCGGGUUCACUUGAAAGAUUCAAGCUUUACGAUGAGCUGGAACUGCUCGAGUUUCAGGACAAGUUCGUGAUCAAAUCCCGUAUAUCCCCCGACCAUGGCUUCCGGAUUAACCGUCUUGAUGGCAACAUCAGUUUACUUGAUGAUGGUGACACACUUUCUGGAAGUCCAUUGAGGACAUCUACAAUUUAUGGUGUGGUGGGAACCAUAAGAUUGGUUGUAGGAACGUAUGCUGUUGUAAUAACCUCUCGGAAGGAAGUUGGAAGUUUCCUUGGUUUUCCAGUAUAUCGCUUGAUGUCCAUGAGAGUACUUGCAUGUAAUGAUGCUUUGAGGUAUUCAACUGCCCAAGAAAAAAAGGAUGAGACUUACUUCGUGAACCUAUUAAAAGUAGUGGAGUCAAUGCCAGGCUUGUACUAUUCAUACGAAACAGAUAUCACAUUAAACUUGCAGAGAAGAAGCAAGUUAGUAGAUGGGUGGACAAGCAAGCCAAUCUGGAAGCAGGCUGACCCUCGAUUUGUCUGGAACAAACAUCUAUUGGAAGAGCUUAUUGAGUAUAAGCUUGACAGAUUCAUCGUGCCUAUAGUGCAAGGGAGCUUCCAAAGAGCACAACUAAAGUUGAAAGAUUCAAAUGCUAUGGUUACAUUAUUUUCAAGGAGAUGUACACGGCGUCUAGGAACAAGAAUGUGGAGAAGAGGAGCUAACUUCGAAGGUGACACUGCUAAUUUUAUUGAAACCGAACAGUUGCUUGAAACUGAAGAAUUCAAAUUCUCAUUUUUGCAGGUUCGAGGUUCAAUUCCUCUUCUUUGGGAGCAGAUCGUUGAUCUAAGCUAUAAACCGCACCUUAGGGUUAUUAGUCACGAGGAAACACCCAAGAUUGUAGAGCGUCAUUUCCAUGAUCUCGUGCAAAGAUACGGAGAGAUUGUAGCUCUUGAUCUUACUGAUAAACAUGGUGAAGAAGGUCAACUAAGUGCAGCAUAUGCUGCUGAAAUGCAAAAACAGCAAAACACGAGAUAUGUUCCUUUUGAUUUUCAUCACUACUGUGGGAGCUCAAACUUUGACAAUCUGAAAAUCCUCUAUGAUGAAAUCUCAGAGGAUUUUGAAAAACAAAGAUAUUUCUUAAUAGAUAGACAAGGAAAUGUACUAGAAGAGCAGAUAGGACUUUUCAGAGCAAACUGCAUUGAUUCCCUUGAUCGAACAAAUGUUACUCAGUGUUAUCUGGCCCAGAAAUCAUUAAAUCUUCAGUUGCAGAGGAUUGGAGUUCUGACUUCCUCUGAGUGCAUUUCAAUGUUCGAAGAGGAAUAUGGAAAAUUUAGAAUAUUGUGGGCAGAGCAAGGUGAUGAGAUAAGCCUUGAGUACGCUGGGACUCAUGCCCUAAAAGGAGACUUAGUUAGAUAUGGAAAACAAACAAUGACUGGAAUGAUUAAAGAUGGAGUGAGCGCGCUUUCCCGAUAUUACUUGAAUAAUUUCCAUGAUGGAAUUCGGCAGGAUGCCCUUGAUCUCAUAAGUGGUCACUAUAAUGUUAGCAGAAACGUUCCUUCUCCUUUCCAGUCAAAUAACUUUGAACCUCUAACGUAUCUCCCUGUUGCAUCGGCUUUGAUAAUUGGAGGUUUGACAGCAACAACCUUCACUCUACAGCAAGCUGGUCGAAAUACACACCACUAUGUUUCUUCUGCACUCUGUGCUGGAAUAACUGCUGGUGUUAUGGCAAUUGUCAAAGCUAAUGGAAGGCAUCUAUGCUCAAGACCACGUUUGUGUGGUCUCCUGUAAUAUAAUUCACAAGCAUUUUGAACCAUGAGUAAAAAUUUGUGUAGUCUUGUUCCACAGAUUGUACAUAUAAUGUUUGUGUUGUUCAAUUUUUCGUUUUCAGACAGCAAAUUGUUAUCUGUGAAAACCAAAAAAUAAAGUUUAGACAUGUCUUAAGUUGGCAAAAAAAAAAAAUAUUGUUUCUCAAAGUUGAAAUAUUGAAGGGAGUGUUAUGAA